AUGUCGGACCGCGAUGGUGAGGAUGCGGCAAUUCCUGCCGCUGUCCCUGAUGCACCCCCCGCAAACGCUAUUACUGCUUCUGUCCCCGUGGUGCAGCUGGUGAAUAAUGCAGUCGACCAAGGCCAGCAGCUCGAUCCGAACGGAUCAGACCAGAUGACGCAGAAAUUUGGAAGGACCACGCAGGAGCUCAUUCCGAUGCCCUACGCCGCCCAACCUACCCGUCUCGCAACACGUCUUCUCCCGUACCAACUUCAAGGUCUCGAGUGGCUCCUGCAGCAGGAAGAUCCCGACUUCCCCACAGUUGACAAGGAAGUAAAGCUGUGGAAAAAGAUGAGACCAGACUAUUACCUCUACAUACAGACGGUAACCGGAUGGCGCAGCAUGAGCAUCCCACACCUUGUCAGCGGGGGUAUACUCGCGGACGAUAUGGGCUUGGGUAAGACGCUUCAGACGAUCGCGUUGAUCGUCUGCGGCGUCGAUGCCUACAAGUACACUGCGCGCGGGACGAAGGAGAAGGUCUCGAACGAAAAUCCCACUCUGAUCGUUGCUCCCGUGUCGGUGAUGUCCAACUGGACCGAGCAGAUUGCCCAGCAUGUCUCUAAGGAGAACCCCCUCAAGGUCGUGGUCUACCAUGGACCACGGAGACACUCAACAAUUUUUGCCGACUAUGACGUGGUUGUAACAAGUUACUGCACUAUGGCCGCCGAUUUUGCUGCUCCAGGUACCCGACAGACCUUCGAAGGGAGCUGGCGCCGCCUAGUCCUGGACGAGGCCCACAUGAUCCGGAGCGUUGAAAGCGCCAACUACAAGGCUGUCGACGCCGUGAAGGCUCAUUCCCGCUGGGUCCUGACGGGUACGUCUGUUGGCAACGGCCUUAUGGAUCUGUGGCUCCUGAUCUGUCUCUUGCAGACGAAGGACUCAUUGGAACAUCGGGACACGUUCCGCUCGCUGUGUCCGACCCCUCACCAGCUGAAGAAGAGGCCCCGGUUGAUUCAGAAAUCGCAAGAGGUGAUGAGGGCAUACGGUCUUCGCCGGACAAAGAGCAUGGAUUUCAUCCAGCUCAGGACGCCGGCGAAGACAUGUAUCAUCAAGAAGGUCCAGUUCUGGCCGGAGGAGAGGAGGAAGUACAGCAAGUUGGACAUGGAGGCCAACCAUGUGUACCGCAUGGUCGCGUAUCGGGUUGAAAAUGGUCAACGUGUGGGGAACGACAGGAUGAAGCUGCUGAAGAUUGUCCUGAGAAUGCGGCAGCUUUGUGAUCAUGGGGAGCUGUGCGGACAGAGGCUGGAGAGCCUCAUGAAGCUUUCGGGUGUUGACCGAGUGGAACUGACUCCUGAGAAUGUCAAGGCCUUGCAAGAUGUACUGGGGAUGGCCAUUGAAGCUGAGGAAGACUGCCCAAUCUGUCUGGAACGAUUGAACAAUCCGCGCAUCACCGUCUGCAAGCACAUUUUCUGUCUCAAUUGCAUCGCCACAUUCAUGGGAUUGCAGGGCACGUUUCCAAUGUGCCGCGCCCGGCUCCCAAACAUCGUCAACAAUCUUGUUGAACCUUCCGUUGAAGACCUCGACAGCACCGCCAACCUUCCCGAGCAUUCCGGAUCCUCUUCCAAGAUCUCUGCCCUUCUCGAAAUCCUCACAGCUACACGGACCAAAGACGCUACCAUCAAGACAGUAGUAUUCAGCCAGUGGAAAAACUUCCUCCGCAUCCUUGCGCCCUACUUGACCAACGCCGGCUUUGACAUCGCGCAGAUCGACGGAUCAAUGUCGCUCCCCAAGCGUGACGCAGCAAUCAAGACCUUCGGCGAGAAACCCACGUGUACGAUCCUCCUCACCACCCUCGCAGCCAGUGGAGUAGGUCUCAACCUCGUCAUGGCCAGUCAGGUCGUCCUCAUAGACUCCUGGUGGUCGCCGGCGGUCGAGGAUCAGGCUGUUGACCGUAUCUACCGCCUCGGACAGACGCGUGACGUGACGGUCUGGAGGCUCGUGAUGGAGGACAGCGUGGAAGAGCGUGUGCUCGAGGUACAGAACAAGAAGCGUGUGUUUGUGGCGGCCGAGCUCGGCGAGGGCGGGAUGGAAAAGACGCUCGAGGAUAUCAAGGCUGUGCUGGCUGAAGAUGCGGCCGAAAAUCUUGAGGCGGAUGACGAUGAGCCCAAAGACGAUGAGCCCAAAGACGAUGAGCCCAAAGAAGAUGAGCCCAAAGACGAUGAGCCCAAAGACGAUGAGCCCAAAGACGAUGAGCCCAAAGACGAUGAGCCCAAAGACGAUGAGCCCAAAGACGAUGAGCCGGAAGAUCAUGCGAAGCAAGAUCGUGGCGAACCGGAUGCCUAGGCGGACCUAUCUAUCGACGACAUCUCGAACGGCUGCGAACAUGGCUUGCGCAUCUACCUAUUACUGACUACAUGGCGGGAG